GGAAAAGGUUGGAAGAGCGUCAGUUUUUCCUGUAGUUUCCGAUUCUGCUCUCGCCUCGUUGCGAGCGUUUAGGCGGAGCUUUUAUCUCCCCUGAGCCUGUCAAGGAAGAUUUUAGCGGAUGGCGAUCCACUCGUGAGCCGGAGUUCAGUGAGCUCGAUUUGUUAGUUGGAAAUCUUUCCUGGUUCCUUUGGUGGCUUAAGUAUCUUGUGAAGGAAUAGCGCUGAAGGCCUUGGGAGUUUUGUCCAGACUUCUUGUGCAAACAAAGUCGUGUAGAGAUCCAUCAGUUCAUUUUGGAGUUGGAUUAUUGGCCAAGGAGAAGAUGGAAGGACAACACCCAACAUAUGCAGGAGUUGGAAAAAGCCCCACAGUUGCUCAGCCUCAGAGCUGUGGGAAGAAUGGGGCAAAUCCUGGCCAGAAGACCCAAAACAAUGAAGCCAGCAGUUCAGAGGUCCAGUGUUGUGACUUCAGCAAAGUGCAGUUCCAGGGGGGGAAGAGUCCCCGAGAUGUUUGCACUCAGCUUCACCGCCUUUGCUGUCAGUGGCUGAAGCCACAAAUACACACCAAGGCUCAGAUGCUGGACCUGGUUCUCCUGGAGCAGUUCCUGGCUGUCCUUCCCCCAACGGUGGAGAAAUGGGUACGGGAGUGUGGAGCGGAGACCAGUUCCCAAGCGGUGGACUUGGCAGAAGGCUUCCUGCUGACCCAGGAGUUGGAAAAGUCCUUGGAAGAUAUAUCCGAUUAUACCAAGGAGAGGAAAGAGUCAUCCAAAUUCUUUCAAGAGCUGCCAUUCAGGGACAGCUUCCAGAAAGAUCAAAGUCAGGACACCACGCCAGAGAACAGAAAGCUGCCCUUGGAUUUUUUAGAACCGUCUCCUGUUUUUGGUGGAGCUGUAAGAGUGCUUGAACCUCUGCCUCAGGAUUUUGUGUCUUUGGAGGAAGUGGGCGUGUAUUUCUCCGAGGAGGAGUGGUCUCAGCUGGAUCCUGACCAAAAAGCUCUCCAUGGAGAAGUCAUGCUGGAAAAUUCCAGGAAUCUCUUUUCUCUCAGAAUAAGACUUACUUUCCCUCCAGAGGACGACACACUCUCCUUUUGGUAGACACCACCGCUGAGUUCAGUGUACAGGAGGUGAAGUUUUUCGGCCUCAUAAGCGGGAAAGCUCUUCUACCCAGACAGAGAGACCUGUAAACAAAAGGGCUGAGCAACCCAAAUGAUAUCUUGGUGCACCAUCACUCAUAAGUAUUUGUUUUUCUUUUCUCUUGAGGAACAGAAUUGCUGUGUUUGGAAUUGAGGGGUCUCACUGGG